AUGAAGGUUCAAGUGUUGAAUGGGCUUAACGACGCCACCACUAUAAUAUGCCACCAACGUCACCUUCAUUGUCACCACCACAACCACAUACCACCACUACCACCACUAGCUGCCACCACCACUGCCACCAUUACCACCGCCAAUACCAUUGCUACAACUACCACCCGCCAUUACCACCUACCAUCGCCACCAUCGAUGUUGCCACAACCACCAUCACUCGUCACUACCACCAAUGCCACCAUUACCACCACUAGUGCCACCAAUGCCAUCACCGCUACGAUCACCACCGUUACACCACCACCUACUACUACCACCUUUAUAACGCUACCGCUAUCAUCCAUCAUCACUACCACCACCACCACCACAACCACCGCCACCACCACUAUCCGCCACCACCACUGCUACAAUCACCACCGCCAAUACCAUUGCUACAACCACCACCCGCCACUACCGCCUACCAUCGCCACCACCGAUGCCGCCACAACCACCAUCACUUGUCACUACCACCAAUGCCACCACCACCACUACCACCACUAG